AUGAUAACUGCCAAGAGGAACCCAAACAAGUGGUGCGACUUCCACGACGAUCAUGGGCAUCUGACAGAGGAGUGUAUCCAGCUAAAAGAUAACAUAGAAGAUCUCAUCCGACAGGGAUAUCUAGCCAAGUAUCUUACAGAUCACAGGGAGGAGAAGAAAGCCAAAGAGAUCCCCAAAUCAACACCUCAGAUCCAAGCCAAAAACACCCUUCCGGCGGUUCCAACAAUGAGCUUUUUGGCUGAAGAUUGCCGAGGUAUAACAUAUGACCACGAAGACCCGCUCGUUGUAUCAGUAGACAUAGCCAAUCACAUGGUCCACAGGGUCCUGGUCGACGGAGGGAGCUCGGCCAAUAUACUCUUCAGAUGCGCAUUCGACAAGCUUAAAAUUGAUCCCAGACAACUGGCCAAGGUCAACUUCCCUGUUAUCGGCUUCAAUGGUUCAUCUGUCAUCCCUGACGGAAAGAUAACACUCCCCGUAACCAUCGAAAGACGGCAGACUACAAGAAAUAACUUAACCGAAUUCUUGGUAGUCGACGUGCCGACAGUCUACAACGUCAUAAUGGGGAGACCAUUGAUCCACAAGGUCAAGGGCGUAACAUCGACUUACCACCAGAUGAUGUUAUAUGUAUCCGACGCUGGCACACCUGAAAAACUACGAGGAAACCAAGAGUCAGCUCGCCGAUGCAAUUACAACGCGGUCAAAACCCGAAAUAGGCGAGAUUUUGACCUAGAGGAGAACUCUCCUGAAGAAAAGUCCGACCUUCAGGAAGCUUCUGGAGGAAUCAAAAGAAAAUCAGAUGACGUCGAGUCAAACAGAUCCACCCUGAUGACGGAUAUGAGGGCAGACCCGACAAUGGGGAGGCCCAGACGGACACCGAGAUGGAGGAUAUCUCCCCUGAAGAAGGAGGAGACCCAUCAGGCAUCAGAAUAG